AUGGUCAACAACAAAUCCAGCGGGGAGAUUCAGAUGGGGAAUCGUAUGAUCAUGAUCGCUGCACACAGUUCACGCCCCUUAGCACGCGCCGUUAUCAUCAAGGUUAUGCGUCGGUCUACUCACCCCGCCAUAACUUUCGGCCAUGACUUACGCAUAGAAGUAGAAAUAAAAAGCAUCCACCGUCCCAUUGUUAUGAUCGCGAAUGAUAAUUGUCGAGGAAACGGCGCCGUUCGUCUUGCCCUGUUGAUCUGGAGCGGUGCCCUUGAACCACGCUGGCUGCGGAGAAGCGCUAAUGCCUUCCCGGGAUGUCAAGUAAACGCUUGUGUUGCCCAGACUGUUCAGGCCGUCGAGGUUAUCAAGAGUCAAGGGUGA